AUGUCUAAUGCUAAGAAAAUAUAAGGAAACUUUGUCGUACACUGUUAGAGUCCUGGAUAAGGUCCAGAGACAAUAUUCAAAGGUUGCAAAUUUUUAUUCUCUUAUUAUACUAUACUUACUAAAUCAUAUAUCAUAUUGUCACUGUCACUGAUACGAUCCUGUCAUAAUUUAUUGAGGUAAUAAAAUUUUGAACAUGUAUAAUGAAAUGAUACUUGGAAGAUAUUUCAUACUGGUACUGCUACCAAUAUAUUAAGUUAAUAGUUAGUACUAUAUCCCCAACUGUUUUUAAUUAUGCGGGAAGACAAAAAAGACAAUAAACACAGAAAAGACAGAAAGACAUCCCGCAUAAAUCAUGUCAAGAAUGUCGAAAUUUCAAAAAAUUCUAAACUUGGGGGGAGAACGGAAAAAUAAAAAUAAAAAAUAUAAAUGAUGACAUGUAUUAAAUAUAUAAAAAAAAUGAUAAAACUAACGAGUUUAUGAAAUGAUCUCAGAAUUUGAGUAUGAAUCUCGCGUCGCAGCAUAAAAUAAAAUUACAAAUCCAAGCCACACUAAUAAGUACAGCAUGGCAUGGGGUUUGUUUACCAAAAAUCAGCUGAUUGUUUACAUCCCUUUUUUCAACGGCUCAUUAUAGCCGCGUACUAUUGACAUAAUGAGCGAAAAAUCGGAAGUUUUAAUAGCUUCUUUAAAGUGCAAAAUUAGUGAUUCUAUUAAAGUGAUUGAUGAAUACCACCGGCUGAUUGAUUCCUACGUUUUGGACUUCUAUGUCGACGACCACUGGGAUCUGCUUCCACCUAGUUGGCAAUCUUGCUUGGAAAACUUAGACGUUAGGAGGCUGAAAGAUCUGCUAAGCGAUGAUCCGGACAGUAGGUGUGAAACCCUGUGGCCCCUGUCUAUGUUGGCCGUACGGGUACUUUUUCAAAAGCUAUGCCUUUCGAGGAAACUUGCUGCUCCAAACGUAGCCGAAGAUUCGGAGGACAAUUUGAAAUUGACCAAUUUUAGAGUCAAUCGAAACCUUUUCAAUAAAUCGGUUAAACUGAAGAAGCGUCACGAAAUCGAACAGUUCAGUGAGCAAUGUUGGAAAACAGGAACCAGCACUGAGGUGCGUUAUCUUGUCGAUAUCGGAUCCGGUCAAGGGAACCUGGCACGUGCUUUGGCUUAUGGAUUUGAUUUCGAGGUGUGCUGUAUUGAGCAGGACGAGAAGCUUGUUGAAACUGCGCGACAAAAAGACGAAGAGCUAGCUUCGAAAAUGAAAAAACAAUUCAAGGUAGAACCAUCACAUCACCCAAUUCACCUUACCAGGAAAGUAAACCUUGAAGAGAUUGAUCCUGGCCAAUUCGUCGCCAUGAUUAAGGAUAGUUUCAACGUGGAGAAAGAUGCUCAGUUUAGUUUCGGUCUGAUUGGGUUACACCCUUGCGGAGACCUUGCCGUUUCAUUGACCAAAUUGUUUUUGUCCUGCCCGGAAGCUAAAUUUAUAAAACUAGUUUGCUGCUGUUACAUGAAACUGACCACAGAAAAAGACAAACGGCAGAACUACGGUUUUCCGUUGAGUUCCUUUAGCAGACAAUCGAAUCUGCAUCUGAGUUAUGAGGCCAGAGAAAUCGCUUGUCAUGCAAUCGAACAGUAUCGAAGUAAAUUGGACGCCGAUGACUUCCAAGAACUGAAAGUUCACGCCUUUCGGGCGGCCGCCGAGCGAGUCAUCGUUAAACUUUACCCUCAUUUGAAACAUUCCGGCCUUAGGAGCACCAAAGUUACCAAUUUGAGCUUCCAGCAAUAUUGUGAUCGAGCAACCAGUGGUCUUGGGUUUGAGCUACCCGUCGAGGAGUUGAAUUCGCAGGUGGUUCUGAGCGAUCUACGUCACUGGGAACGGGUGGUGAAAUUCUACACCCUUCGCUUGAUGUUUGCCCCACUGAUCGAAUCGGUGAUACUGUACGAUCGAUGGCUGUAUCUACUCGAGCAAGGAAUUCACGCGGAUAUUAAAGUGGUUUUUGAUCCCGUUUUUUCACCGCGGAAUCAUGCCGUGACGGGUUGUAAAUAAGCUUUAUACUAUCGAAUAUAUUGUA